CGUCCCUCCCUCUAGAUUUCCCUAAAUGCUCCUGCCAACCAUGUGUCAUCCGCCCACUGUGCUUCAUUCCAAAGUUCCUCUUUUCACACAGAACCAAAAUUAUAAAUCUUCCUGGAAGUGCUGCGGUCUCCACAGAUGCAGUCAUAGAUUUCUGUCUCAGUUAAUGCUGAGAGUCCCCGAGAAGCAGACCAAAAUGUUCACCACUGUGUUCUAUGUAUUCUGGGCAAUAUACAUUUGGUUAGAUUUACUGCCGGUGCCUGUGACUGGACAACUAAAUGGUACUAAUGGAGUAGAAGAUGAUUCCAAUCCUCUUCAGCCAUACUUAAUAGUGGCCAUUGCCUUGCUGGUGAUAGUUCUGUUGGUGUGUUUUGCAGCAGUCAUUGGAGUAGCUCUCAUCUAUUUUAAACUGAGUCAGAUCCAGAAAAUGCUGUCUGAAAAAGAUGAUGAGACUUACGCACAAAUUGGCACACAUCUAACUCCUUUGGCACAGAAACUAAGGAAGGACCAGGACUCGGUUAGCACCAGUGGAAACGUGAAGGGAAAUAACGGCAUUGUGGAAACUGGCAGUGAACAUGGCAUGGAAAGGAUGAUAACCAAGUGUCCUUACCACAAUCUUCCUGAUGGAAUGGUCCGAGCCCUCUCACUGGAGUUUCCCAAUGAAGCAACACUUGACAUGGAUUCGGCGAGACAUGCCAACGGGGUCAGAGGGAAUAGCCAGUUGACAUUGAAUAUUUCCAAAUGUUCCUCGCCACUUUCCCACAACAAUGCUUCCAGGAAUUGUUCUCAGAGAGAGCUGAGCAAUUCCCAGAGGAACAUCCUUCCACAGACCAAAGAAUCGCCAACAUGUAUCCAUGCUCCAAACAAAAACUCCAUAGUUACCCAAACUGACCAGAAAGCUACAAAACAGCCCACGUCCCGGCCAGCAGCAAGCAUCCCAGAGCCGCCAUCUCCCGACUCCAGUAGCUACGCCAUUUAUGAUGUGCCACGGCCCUGCCUGUGCUCUUCAAUAUGCCAUGAUGUCUCCUGGCCUACUCCAGCUUCAGACUUCCAGCACAACCCUUUGAAGCGCUCUUUAAGUGAAAUUGGCCCGGCUGCCUUUGAAAUACCCCUAGAAAUGGUCCAGGAGAACAAGUACGCAGUGCCGAGACCUGUGACUUAUCCGAGCCAUAAAAACUACGAAACGGAAUUUAAAGAUCUGGAGAAAUCAUCGUCCAAGGACUCAGGUGUGCUUUCCUAUGUGGAUUCCCAAUUGCUGGAUUUGAUUCCCGAGGGGAACAAGUCUCAUAUUGACUCAAAAAAUAAUCUAGAGACCAAACAAAGACGGGUGGCUGACAAGGAAUCCAUUGAAGAUAAAAUUGUAUUUAUUUAACUUAAUUGUUAGCUAAGAAUCUUGAACGUACAGAAAAUAAGCCAUCUACGUGUCAAUUUCAAAGGGAAGGUUUACCCUGUACACUUUCAUACAGCAUUAAUGAAAGCAGCAUGUGUGAUUAAUUAGCAGGCCAAAAUACAAUGAUUUCAUUUGCACAUUUAAUUUAUUGCUGUCCAUAAGUUUAACAUUCUAAUGUUAAUUACGUGAAGGUGAACCAGUUGACCAAUUUUUAUUCUGUAAGGGUGAUCGAAGUCAAUUGCAAAUAGAAAUCUCUGCAACUAGUAAUAAUUGCUUCUGUAAAAACAGGAAAAAUACAGUGCAUAUUGCAUAACUGCGGCGGUGCGACUCACGUUGCAGCGGCCCCCUACAGCCUAUCUGUCUUUUUUUUAAAUAUUUUGUCUAGUUAAAUGUAGU